AUGAUAUCAGUAGCAUUUCAUGGAACAAGAGCAUAUCUUAUAGACAAAAGUCUUAUACCAAUAGUUUUGUUAUGGUUAGACCCAGUUGUUGGAUAUAACUUCAUAACAUAUGGUUCAUUCGAUACGGAACGUUGCAGUGAAGGCUUACUUUACAUCGUUCAGAAACCGAAGGACUUCAAUACAAAGAGAUAUAAGAUAGGAAGGACAUAUAAUAUAACUCUAAGAUAUGACUCUACAGUCAAUAGAGUCAAGGUUGUGUUCGUUAAUGAUAUGAGAGCUGCAGAAACAGAACUACUUGAAAAGUUUGAGAAAAUGUAUGGUGCUCCCACGAAAGGUAAAGAAACGUUUGAAGUAGAUGAGAUAGAUAAAGCUAUAAAAUUAUUUGACGAAGUUGCUGAAAAAUACAUGUAA